AUGCAGAAGGAAGAACUUUCUUCUAAGUGGACCGAUACUUCAAGCACAAGCUCUCGAAUAUGCAAAACGAGUGACUUUAAAGCAAGCAAUGAGUGGCUAGAAAGUUUUAAGAAGAGACACAACAUUUCCAGCAAAGAAAUCUGUGUUACCAAACUGUCCAACGUAAAAGUGAUCUUCUCUCCAAACACGACGUCAAAGCUUCAGCCCAUGGAUCAAGGUGUAAUCAAGACUGUGAAAGCUGUCUACCGAAAGCUGCUUUGGAAGGCGUUGUUGCUGAAGCUGGAGGACUGUGAUUCGGUCACGGAGAUCAUACGUGAAGUGAGUGUCCUCGAUGCCGUAAACUGGAUCUAUGCCGCAUGGCAGCAGCUUCCACCAGUGACAAUAGAGAAAUGUUUUCGUAAGGCAGGAUUUACAAUUGAUAUGGAUUCCGAUGAGGGAGAGGAUGAUGAUGAUGAUGACCUGCCUCUUUCAGAACUGGCUGAUCUCAUCAAACGAGCAUCAACCCAGCUUGGUCCUAAGCCAGUCUUGGAUGCUGAGGAAUUUGUUGACGCAGAUGAUUUGCUUCAAACGUGUGAAACUCUGAAUGACCCGAACUGGAAAGACAAACUCCUAGAACAGCGAGAAUCAUCAAAUGAGCAUGAUCUGUCAGACGAUGGCGAUGAUGCAAGAGGAAUAACUGUGGAUGUAGAGGAGGAACCAAUCUCUAGCAAGGAAGUUAGUGAGAUGCUCGAUAAACUUUAA